AUGUAUGCCUCUCCAGUGUUUCCUUCCUCUCCACUGUGCAGAGCAAGCGCGGACGGCAGCCUCGUCGCUACGCUCAGCGGGCAGACCAUUUCUGUGCGCUCCGUCGAGACGUUGCAGACGGAGCACGCGAUUCAGCUCCCACCCGGCAUUGGCACCGUUAAUUCGCUUCAAUGGUCGCCUUCGUCGACGCGGCUGCUCGUUAGCGCCGGCGAAAACAUGCACGUCUUCUCCGCCAGCAUCGAUUCAUCCUUCCAUGCCGCGAUUAGCACUCCCUUACUGCCGGGCGAAAAGGCCAACAUUGCGCGCUUCGGCGCCCGCGACGCAGAGCUCCUCAUCUGCUCGCCGUCGGGCCUCAAGCUCGUCAUCUUCAACCUCUCCACCUCGACGGCGGUCGAGGUCGCCAACCCCAAAUUUCACCAGCCGUCGUCGGUGGGCCGGAGCUACUCUGUGCGACCGGAGACCGAGCAUCUGGCCAUUCUGACGCGACUCAACGGCAAAGACUUUCUAGUUCUUUACACGGCGGAUGGACAGCUUUUCAGAACUAUCACUGCCACCAAUCUAUCAGACAACCCAGACGCUUCGCUGGAACUGGGCAUAAAGACCUGCCAACCGAGCCAUUCUUCAGAACUUUGCGCCGUGGGCGACCAUAGUCGUGGUAUUGUGAUACUGCAAACAGAUUCAUGGAGGAGGAAAGCCACAUUCACACACCCCGCGACCAUUGUACCCCAAGAUACAUUACAAGUAUGGCAAGAGCAACUCGAUACAUCCAGAGAUGGCCAAACAGUCCACACCUUUCAGCGUGCGACGCAAAUGUUCUCGCCACCGAGCAUGCCAUCAGAUAGCAAACCGACAGAAACGAAGCCCGGUUGCUCAAACAUCGCCUUUGACGCGUCCUCCACCCUCCUGGCCACACGACUCGACGAUGCGCCGUGCACAAUCUGGAUCUGGGAUGUCCCCGCCGCCGAGUUGCGCGCCGUGCUCGUGUUCCACUCCGUAGUCACCUUUGCGUGGCACAAGCGGACGCGGGAGCUACUCCUCAUCACCUCCCACGACGAGUCCCGGCAGGGGCUGUCGUAUCUGUGGGAUCCACUGCUGCAGGGGCCGACGCCCGUGGUGCCCGAGGAGUUCAUCUCGGUCAAGAGCUCGGUCGGCGCGCCCGUCAAGGCGCAGAUUUCGUGGAUCAACACCGACAUGGAAUAUCCGCUGGCGCUGCUGACCACGGCGCAGCAGUAUCGCAUCUUGUCGCUGGGAGAGGGAGACCAAGUCCCAGAGACAUGGCAUGGCGCAUCAAAGUGGGAUAAUGAGCCACCGCCGAGGAGGGGGAGGGGAGAUAUCGAUCCGGAUAUCUCGGAUAUCUCGAUUGGUGAUGGCUCGGCGGUAGAAGACACCUUUCAGUUCCGAAACAGAUGA